UUCGAAAAGUGUUGUUUUCUCUCCUUCUGUCACUGUCAUCCAAGGCGUUUGCCACAUGUGAAAUUGCAUCAGCGCUUUUAAGACAGUUUUUCGUGGUAAAAAGACUCGAAAGCAGCGGCAAACAUGACGUUAUCGUGCCGGUUUUACAAACAAAAAUACCCCGAGGUGGAGGAUGUGGUGAUGGUGAACGUGCGGUCCAUCGCCGAGAUGGGUGCGUACGUUUACCUGCUCGAGUACAACAACAUCGAGGGCAUGAUACUGUUGUCCGAGCUGUCCCGUCGUCGUAUCCGUUCCAUCAACAAACUGAUCCGCGUUGGCAAAACGGAACCGGUGGUGGUGAUUCGUGUCGAUAAAAACAAAGGGUACAUCGAUCUGUCCAAGCGGCGUGUGUCGCCCGAGGAUGUGGAGAAGUGUACGGAACGGUUUUCCAAAGCGAAAGCGGUCAACUCGAUCCUGCGCCAUGUGGCCGACAUUAUGGGAUUCGACAACCAGAAGCUGGAAGAGUUGUACGAGAAGACGGCGUGGUAUUUCGAAGAGAAGCACAACUUCAAAGUGACCGCCUUCGACGUGUUCAAGCAGUGUGCUGUUGAUCCAACGCUGCUGGACGAGUGUGGCCUGGAGCCGGAAGUGAAAGAAUCGCUGCUCAGCAAUAUUCAGCGCAAACUGGUGUCGCAGGCAGUUAAAAUUCGGGCCGAUAUCGAGUGCGCUUGCUAUGGGUACGAAGGUAUCGAUGCGGUAAAAACGGCACUACGGGCCGGGCUUGAAAUGUCUACGGAAGAGCUGCCGAUUAAAAUUAACCUCAUUGCUCCCCCACUGUACGUAAUGACCACAUCGACACCGGAAAAAGCGGACGGACUGAAGGCGCUCGAGCUGGCGAUUGAAAAGAUCAAGGAAACGAUCGAGGGGCUGGGCGGUGUGUUUAAGGUGCAGAUGGCACCGAAGGUGGUGACGGCCACCGAUGAAGCCGAUCUGGCCCGGAAGAUGGAGCGGGCCGAGGCGGAGAAUGCCGAGGUGUCCGGGGAUGAGGAGGACGAAAAUGAGGUCGGAAUCAAGUAUAAGAUGGAGGACGAUGGUGUUGAUAAGGACGAGAAGGAUAUCCAGUUCGAGGGCAGCGGUGACGAGGAGGAAGACGACAAACAGGAGGAAUAAUAAUAAUACAGUAAGAAUGAGGACUGCUGCUGGGGCGCAGCAGCACGCAAGGAGCCGCGCCGGAAAAACUUCGGAGCCAGCUCCGGUUAUGCUAAGUUUCCUCCUUUACUAUAAAACAAACCUGUGGAUGAUUUGUAUUAAACGGUAUAAUAACGUUCUAAAGCUCCGAA